AUGACUUCGGCGAAAGAGCAAUGGCGCGACGCCUAUCAGCUUGCCGAGCAAAUGUACAGGGAGGAGAAGCCGAAGAAGCGAACGGACAUUGAUAUGUACUCGCAGCUCGUUUGCGCGCGGCACAAUAGCAUUUUCCGCUACGAUCCGUACACAGGUGCGGCGGAAAAAGUUGAUUUUUCGGGACAAAAUCAAAAUUCCAGACACAUAUUCAUUCCGAAAUCAAUCGCUGACAUUCGAGAAUCCGAUACCGUCGCUUUGCCGUCAAAUUGCCGAGGUGGAUUUGUCGGAGAUGAAGAGAAAUACGGUCAUGUGCGAUUUGGACACGCCCGCCUAUCAGAAUGUGAGGGGAAGUGGCUUUAUUUUCGAAAUAAAAACCAUUUUACAGAUGACACCUUUGUACGUGGUGCCGCCGUCGUCGAUUCUGAUCUUCAACCUGUCGCAACCGCGCGCUUUCGGCCUCACCGACACUCUCGAUCAGGCGCGGAACCUCCUCGUGUCCCGUCCGAGCGAAAUGGACAUCCAGCCGGGCGCCGAGUUCCUCUACAAGCACAAGGACCACAAAGUGUACCGCGUGAUCAUUCUCUCCGAAAUUUCCUAUUCGGAACCGUCAGAUUCCCGCGCGUCCGACUCGGAACGCCGUUACGAAGUCGCUUUUCUGGACGUUUGUCAGGUGAUUCAGCUGAAGCUCAAGAACCUCUACAUGCCGAUUCCUGAACUUUCGCUGGAGAAGUACCCGAGCGCGCUGCACGUGGCUCGACUCGUCGGAAUCAAGGCGUUCCGGCCGGGAUUCGUCGACGGAUUCCGCGAUGAUUUACAAACGUUCUACAACGACAAAGCACGACGAAAGGCCGGAGUGUCGGCGAUGAUCUACAAGACGGACGCGGGCGAGAGGAAGCUUAUCGUGGACUAUCCGGCGCUCAUAAAGAGCCGGUGCACCGAGUCGGAAGCUGUGAUGGCCGUGCAUGGACACAUGUCCGUGGCGCAUGGAGACCCGAAGCCGCUAACACACCAGCAGAUUGUCGACAAGAAAAUCGUGUCGUUGGAGUACGAUUCGGAGGACAGAGAGUCGGUUUUUCGUGCGGAUCCGCUUCAGUUUUCGUUUUAUUUUCCAGAACUCCAGAUUCGGAUCUCCUCAACGAUCCAUCGCGUACGAAACCGCUCGGAUUCGGAGACUGUCCGUUCGGGACCAAGCAAAUAGACUCGUUUUACGCUCGACUAACAAACGUCAGUCCGCCGCUGUCUGCCCCCUCUUCUUCGCUCGUCAAACCGAUUUCUCAGGAGCCGAAAGAGCAACCGGGUGCCCAGAUGUACCUGAAUCCCACCGAGCAGUCCUAUCCAGGUAUACACCUCGAAAGGGUGGAUUUUACGUAGAUUUUUAGUUAAAAGUACAGAGAGACCUCUAUUGCAUGUCAAGUUUGAGGAAAACUGAUCAAAUUUUACUGGAAGUAUCGCAAGAUCCGUUUAAAUGUGUUUUGCAGCCAGAGAUCCGCAGAUUUUGACAGUAACAUGAGCAUUAUUUCGACUAUUUCAGGUCAGCCGAUUCGCCCACGUGCGGAUGGGUACGAUCCGCUGAACGAGACGUUCUCCUCGCUGCGCUCUUCGACUUUGCAGCAGUCGUGCCGCACGUCGGCCGCCAGCACUCCGCAGCCGACGUUCGAUGAACAGAUUCGCGGUAAAACUACGCCGACGAAGCAGAAAAAGGAGGAGGAGCAGCGGAAGGAGUCGUCGGACGGAUGGGGAGAGACGCCGAUGAAGCAGAAGCCGCCGAGGAUGAGUAUCGACGACACCGAUGGAUGGGGACUCGAGGAGGCACGGAUUCAGGAGCCUAAGACGGGCCACAAGCAGAGACCGCUGACGGCGCCAAAGAUUCCGAGCACGUCCGACGCUUGGGCUGGAUGCAGUUCUGCUCUGACAGCCCCAAAAAGCGUCGUUUUCUCUUCGAAACAGGUGAUCGCUGUUGCGGCGGAAAUCAAAGAGAUUCCGAUAGAAAAGUCCUCUUUCCGCGACUCACCGGCCGUUCCGGUAAUACAGAGCGAAGAGGAGGUGUACGGGAAGAGGAUCGACACUCCGGCGCCGCGAAAUCCGUCUGAAGAACUGCCGCAGAUCGCGGUAGGCAUCGAAAAACCGUCGGAAACCGAGGCGGACGACGUUUUUGAGAGCGAAGAGCAGGCGAGGGACGGGAUUCCGAUCAUUCAGGAGGAGAGGAGUGCCAAGGUACUCGAUUCUAACCCGAAACGAUUUUCCGAGACGAAAUCCUCAUUUUCCAGACGCCAACUCCGGGAUUGCCGGCUUCUUCGGCUGUCUCGGCCGCUUGUCUCAUGUCGGACGCGCAAGCGAACUUCCACGACGACAGUGACGAUGCGUGGGCGAAUUCGACAUGCGACGAGCUGAAAGAAGAAGAGGAGAAGCUGAAACGGAAGCUAGAGGAGCUCGAGAGACAGAAGCAACGGAUCCUUGAGGAGAAGCGGCUGAAGGCGGAGGAGAAGCGACAGAGAGAGCUGGACGAGCAGAAGGAAAAGGAGCUGCAGGAGCAGUUGCAGAAGGAGAAAGAGCAGGCGGAGCUGACGGAGAAGCUCCGUGAGGCACUCAAAGCGCACAAAGGAAUGAAGACGGAGAAGUUGAGAGAACGCGUUCGGGAGCACUUCAAAGGCGAGAAGUCGGAGAAGAAGGAGGGCGUGGAGCUUCCCGUCGACGGCAACAAUUCGGUGGAAUCUGUGGAAGAAGCGGCGGAAGGCGUUGAGGACGAACGGCUCAGCACUCUGUCCAACUGUCCGACCGAGUUGGAGGAGGACCGACAGACUUCUGGUGAGCAAUGUUCCAAAAACAUGCGUUUUCUAAUAAUUUUUAACUAAAAUUUCAUAAAAUUCAGCUGAAGACCGUCCUCUUUUUCAGUUUUGCUCUCCGACGACGAGUUCGCGGAAGUGGCGGACUCUCUGAAGCAGUUGGCCUCCCGAUUCGUGGAUAAUGUCCAGGAGGCGGCGUUCAACAAAAACCGCAUACUCUUCACCGCCAACGUCUUCACCUUGGAAAUGGUAAUUUUCCCAAAUCUUGUUGAAAAUAGUACACUUUCCCGUUCAGAUUGCUGAGAAUUCGAGCGGCGAUAUGGAGCGCAGAUUCUGGAAGAAGAAGAUGGAGGAGGCGAAGAGCCUCGAGACGUCGUUCGAUUAG